AUGAGUCGGCAAUUCUUCGGCCUACGUCGAAAAGUUGCAGCGUUCAAUCGUGCACCGCCGAAGAGGUCCAUCUUCAUCACCAAUCCAAUGCGACGAAUACCGCGCCCGCAGCGGGCAAUCGAUCCUUCGCUUCCCGUUCCAUCUCUAAUCCAGCGUCGGACAGGCCCUUCACAGUGUUUACGUGCCGCCGCAGCGCAGUCGCAUCUCCGCACCACCUCCGCGUGCUUCUCCACGACCCCUACCUUCAACUUCCUCCUCGGCGGAAAGCAAGACAAGAAGAAGCACCAGGCCUUUGUGCGAAGAUGGCAGAAGCGAAUACUUGGUGACUCGGAACCCAUUGGCGCGCACGUCGACCCUUACGAUCCGUCAUCGCCGGUGCGCAUCGCUCCCGAGGAGCAGGGCGAGGAAGUCGAGGUUCUUGAGGAUGAACGAUCCGUGCAAUCUGCUCGAAAACAACAUUCGAAAGACGAGCGGCUGCUAAAGAGGAGAUACAAAGAAGCUACUGAGGGACCGUUGUUGCAUGUUGGUGGAAAAGAAUGGAUCGAGCAGGCGGAGGAGGUCAACAUGGCCAAGGAGUUCGAGAAGCUGACCAUGAGGACCUAUACGCCGAUGACGCAGGAGAUGGCGGACCAAAUUGAAAAUCUGACGGGGACGUACUACACGCUCCGGGAUGAGAACCUGAUGAUGGCGCAAACGUUUGAUGAGGCCACCGGCAAACCGUACACGGACUUCAGUUUUGGCCGCCAAUCGCGCGUCACCAAGCCAGAGAUCCUACGAGAGAAUUUCCAUCAAGCUGUCGUCGAGGUUCACGCACUUAAGCAGGCAGGGAAGGAUCUGGACAUUUCCAAACAAGCAAACCGAGGUAUCUACGAUAUUCCCACAUGGAUCAACGAUAUCCAACUGCAACGCAAUGGCGAGGGCGAAUUCAUUCUCUCCUUCCCCCCAGGUCACUCGCUAGAGGCCUUGCUUGCAGAAAUGGAGCGUGUGCCGGAUUACGAACAUCCGGCAGGGGAGGCAGGGGAGGUCACACAAGACGAAUUACUGGCAGAAGAGGGAGAGUCUGUCACAUCUCUAGAGCCGCCGCCUCCACCACCCAUCAUGGACCCUGCCACCCCUGCCUUCAAAAAGGCGGCGCUGGUUAAGGACGAUGCUGAGAAGCCCAAGUUCGACUUCAUGUCGAACAGGCCUGUGCCUCGUAACGUCAAGACUGCUGAUCCCGUGGCGCCCGUUGUGGAAGUCAAGCAAACCGUACAAGAAGUUGUCUUGGAAAAGCCUGUGUCUGCCGUCCCGGCUUUCGACUUCGAUGCCGCUUUGGCAACCUCCUCAACCACCCUGAACGAGCUGCGCCAUGCUGUGCUAGAGUCAGCUGCCCGCUCAAGUGAACAGAGUGUCUCUGCCAUUCGGGAUGCGCUUCGUGACAGCAUUACAUCCGCGUCUAGCAAGAUUGUACUGCACGUGGAGCCUAAUGUGCAAGUAAAGUGGCAACAUGUUCCGCUCACAGACUCUGAACUCAAAUUCGCUCUCUCCAAGCGCUUCACCCAACUCACCGGCCACUACAUCUCCGACCCGCAGCUCACCUCCUCCAAGCACCUCGGCGACCUCUACCACCACAUUUGCGGCAGCGCCAAGCCUACCACCACCGACGUCUAUUCUUACAUCCACACCGAAGGUACACGCCAAAACACCAAGAUCAACCAACUCAUGCGCACUCAUGCUGAAGGUUCCGUUCUUAAAGUCAAGGCUCCCGUCACCGGCGAGCUUCUCAAGGCCCGCAACGUCCAGCUACUGAAGAAGAACCCUACGAAGGCUGAUCGUCGUGUGGAGCUGGGUCUGAACAAGGUUGUUAGGAGGGAGAUGAUUAGUAGGGGUUUGUUGCCGGAUCCGGAGAAGCAGAGGACCAUGAAGGGGCUACAGAGGCCGGGUGUGGUUAAGAGGAGGAAGGAGUUAGAGCGUAUGACGGGGCUAUUUAGGGAAUUUAAGGGGCAGGACGAGGAUAUUUAUUUGUUGAGGAAGAGGGCAAAUAAGAAUUAA